CUUUUUUCUUUUAGGUGUGGUUUAUGGGGGAGCAGUCCCACAUCUCCAUGGACUUCGAUCAUAUUAUCACUGCGACUUUGGAGAAUUACAUUACUUUCACAGUGAACCUAGAGAAUGGCAGACAUGGUAAACAAUCUCAACCUGAACAGUGGAUUCAAGGAGUGUUGAACAAUGAUGAUCACAGCUCAUCUUUCCCUGAUAUGAGCAAGAAGGUUUCCUCCUUGCCAAAUAUCAUGAAUGCAGAUAUAAAAUUGGCAUCCUCAAUAGAAACAACCAAAAGCCCCUCUUAUUGGGCCAGAAUUUGCUUACGUAACAUGGCCUUACUGACAAAAGAAGCGACUAGUGUACGGCGGGUUCUUGAACCUCUUUAUCAUUGUUUUGACACUGAAAACUAUUGGGCUUCAGAGAAAGGACUCGCCUGCUCAGUGCUCAUGUAUUUGCAGUGCUUGUUAGAGGAAUCAGGUGAGAAUUCCCAUUUGUUGCUAUCCAUCUUGGUCAAGCACUUGGAUCAUAAGAACAUUGUCAAGCAGCCUGACAUACAGAUCAGUAUAGUUAAUGUGGUCACACACUUGGCAGAAAAUGCAAAAGAGCAAGCUUCCACUACAAUAGUUGGUGUCAUUGGUGACCUGAUUAAGCAUUUAAUGAAGUGCAUGCAGUAUUCAGCUGAAGCAUCUAGUUCGAAAGACAGAUUAGAUAAUUCUAACUCCAAUCUUCAGUCUGCCUUAGAGAGGUGCAUAUUACAGCUCUCAAAUAAGGUUGCUGAUAUGGGGCCUAUACUUGAUAUGAUGGGCAUGGUGCUUGAGAACAUUCCAGCGAGCAUCGUGGCAGCUAGAACAAUGAUUGCCGUUGUGUAUCGCACAGCACAAAUUGUCUCUUGCAUUCCUAACGUGUCAUAUUACAGGAAGGCUUUUCCAGAUGCCCUCUUUCACCACUUGCUCUUGGCGAUGGCACACACUGACCAUGAAACACGAGCUGGAGCACACCAUAUAUUCUCCACUGUGCUUAUGGCACCUGUCAGUCACUUGUCAUCUCUACAUAGUAGAAAUUCUUCCCAGGGUAUUCUAGUCCAAUCACCAAGGAAGUUGGCUAAGGUGAGAACUAAGAGUUUCUCCAUACAAAAUGGAAACACAGAUGAAAAUGGUUCCAGAGAUGAAGAAGUGGGAGAAGAAAAUGAAGAUGUCAGUCGCCAUUCACAUCAAUCUGCUGAUUCUCGAUCUCGAAGUCAAUCCUGUAGCUUCAAGGAUGCUCUCCCUGACAGGAAACCAGAUCUCACUUCACUUCGGUUGAGUAGUCACCAAAUGAGUCUUCUGCUUUCAUCUAUCUGGGUUCAGGCAACACUGAAUGAUAAUACACCUUCCAAUUUUGAUGCGAUCGCCCAUACAUACAAAAUUGUGUUACUUUUCACUCGAUCAAAGAAUUCUAGUCACAUGGCGCUUGUUCGAUCUUUUCAGUUAGCCUUCUCUCUGAGGAGUAUUUCGAUGGAUAGAGAAGGAGGUUUACAACCAUCUAGAAGAAGGUCUCUAUUUACAUUGGCAUCAUAUAUGCUUAUCUGUUCAGCAAGGGCGGGAAGUCUCCCUGAACUAAUUCGUGUGGUUGAAUCAUCACUGACGGGGGAAAUGGUUGAUCCUUAUCUUAAGUUGGGUGAAGAUGUCAGGCUGCAAGCUGCAUCUGAAGCAUCUGGUAGCAAAGCAUAUGGUUAUGGGUCACCGGAAGAUGAAAUUGCAGCUUUGAAAUCCCUGUCAGCAGUAGAAUUAGAUGAUGAGAAACUUAAAGAAAUCAUUAUGUUGCACUUCACAACUAAAUGCAGAACAUUGUCAGAGGAUGAGUUAUCAAGCAUAAGAAAACAACUCUUGGAAAGGUUUGAACCAGACGAUGCAUAUCCACUUGGAAUUCCUUUGUAUAUGGAAACACCUCACCCCUGCUCUCCACUUGCUCAGAUUGAGUUUGAGACUUUUGAUGAGGUCAUGGCACCUCCUUCCCUCAUAGAUGAAGAAGCAAUUUCAGAUGCUAAUGGAAGCCAAUCAGGUCGAAAGACCUCUCUUUCCAUCAAUUCCCUUGACAUUCUAAGUGUGAACCAGCUUUUAGAAUCG